GUAAGAUUUUAGACAAUACUAACGAGCCGCCAAUUGAUCCGCCCAACAGAGUGUCGCGUUUCCCCGAAAUCAUUUCUCUGUUUGACAUUCCAGCUCAGCUUAUUAUUUCGCCCCUCCCUCCUAAGAGAACAAUUGAUCGAGCCCGUCUUUCUGUCCGUCUUUUCUCUCCUUCUUGCCGGCCUGUCAAGAGAUAGAUAUACUCAAUCACGAUCUCUUGUCUUGAUCCUAGUUUAUUAGUACUGCCCUCCGAGGAUGGCUGCCUCACCACUUCCCUCGCGUUCUCGCAGGGACCAGCCUGUCCCCCCCCAUACAACGCCGCCAUGGCUCAAAAGGAAUAUCACACCGGGCCUACUUUCCCUCUCACGGCUUGCGUCUUCCCACCCGAUACACACAAUAGCCGUUAUCGCCUUGCUCGUGAGCUCCGUAUACACCGCCUUGCUGGAAGACAGUAUGUUUGAUCGAGGCAAGACGGUGAGAAAAGCGGAUUGGUCGUCGCUCAACCUGGGAAAUAGAAGACUCUAUGCUGGCCCGGACUCUGACUGGAGGUGGCAGGCAGAUGAUUCUGAUGUUUCAGUUCCGGCCGAUGUCGACCAUGCUGCGCUUGUGACAUUGGUAUUCCCGGAGACCAUGCCAACCGAUGCCACCUUCCAAGACUUGCCAAUGACCUCCUUGCUUCACUUACCGAGCAAUUUGUCCAUCACGCCGUUGCCAUCGACGUCCAAAUCAUUGAGCGCGUACACCAGGGAUCAUGUUUUUGCUUUCUCCCUCCCUUUUAGCCAGACUUCCGACUUCCUCGCGAUGGCUCAGGAGAUCCCGAAUGAUGGCCCCGGUCAAGACGCAGAGGACGAAGAACAGAGAAUGUGGAUAAUGAAGGCUGCACGAGCACAGACGCAGAGCAGCCUGGCAGAAUGGGCCCGGGACAGUUGGGCCGAGUUCGUGGACCUUCUCAAGAACGCCCAGACAGCCGAUAUCGCCAUUGUUCUGCUUGGGUACAUUUUCAUGCACAUGACGUUCGCCUCGUUGUUCCUCUCCAUGUACCGCAUGGGGUCUAAAUUCUGGCUGGCCACGAGUGUGCUGUUCUCAACCACAUUCGCUUUUGUUCUCGGCCUAUUCGUCACCGUUGAGAUGGGCAUUCCCGUCAAUAUGAUUCUCCUCUCUGAAGGCUUGCCAUUUUUGGUCGUUAUCGUCGGCUUUGAGAGAUAUGUCGGCUUGACCAGGGCUGUUUUGUCGCAUGCCAUGGAUCGUCGCAGCCAGUCUCACGAGAAAUCUGAGGAAUCCUCAAGCAUGAUCCCAUCCGCCAUCGAGUUUGUCAUUAGCGAGAAGGGAUCUGAGAUUGCCAAAGAAUACAUCAUCGAGAUUUCCAUCCUGACUCUGGGGGCUCUGUCUGGGGUUCAAGGAGGUCUAGAGCAGUUUUGCUUUUUGGCUGCAUGGACCUUGUUCUUUGAUGGCAUUCUGCUCUUUUCGUUUUACACGGCGAUCCUUUGCAUCAAACUUGAGGUCAACCGAAUGAAGGGCCAGAUGGAGGUACGCCAGGCACUAGAAGACGAUGGCAUCAGCUCCCAGGUCGCCGAAAACGUAGCUAGGAGCCACAGCAAAAUUCAACCAGGAACAACCAUUUUCGGCAAGAUGACGCAAGUUCCUAGGUUCAAGGUCCUUAUGGUUGGCGGUUUCUUCCUGGUGAACACUGCAAGCAUGUUCAUGGUUCCCUUCCGCAACGCACACUCGCUCACAGACAUUUCGGACUGGGCUCGCGGUCUGGGCGGUAUGGUUACGUCUCCCCCGGUUGAUCCUUUCAAGGUGGCUUCCAACGGACUAGAUUUGAUCCUUAACACGGCCAAAUCAAACAGUCAGCAGACAGUGGUCACGGUCCUGACCCCCAUCAAGUACGAAUUGGAGUUUCCCUCUGUCCACUAUGGCUCCCCCCGGACGGAAGCUGCUGGGGGUGCCAUGCUCCUUAAAUUUGGAGGAUAUGGUGUCGGUGGCCGGAUGGUCGGUGGCUUGCUCAGGAGCUUAGAUGAUCCUGUCUUCUGCAAGUGGGUUAUCGCAGCCCUGGUGCUAAGUGUUGCCCUCAAUAGCCAUCUUUUUAGCGCAGCUCGUCGAGGCGUCAAGCCUCUGAGCAAUCCUGGUCACUCUGUUAAGUCCGAGGAUCAGGGACUCUCCAAGAAGAAUGGCCCUGAAGUGGCUGUGCUACCAGAAAUAAAGAGCCAGCAACUCCCCGUCGCCUUGGCUCCGCUCACUGAUACAUCAAAUGAAAUAUCAAGCAAGCCCAAGCGCACCCAAGAAGAGAUAGAACAGAUGCUAGCAGAGAAGCGUGCACAUGAGCUUAGUGAUGAAGAGGUCGUCGAACUCACGUUGCGUGGAAGGAUUCCUGGAUAUGCCCUAGAGAAAAAUCUGAAGGAUUUUACCCGUGCAGUGAAGGUUCGCCGCUCCCUUAUUUCUCGGACCAAGGCCACGGCAGAUAUCACGCAAGACCUUGAACGAUCGAAGCUGCCAUAUGAACACUACGAUUGGUCCCGGGUCUUCGGCGCAUGCUGCGAGAACGUUGUGGGAUACAUGCCAAUCCCAGUUGGCUUCGCGGGCCCCAUUGUCAUUGACGGAAAAAGCUACUUCAUUCCCAUGGCUACCACCGAAGGGGUCCUCGUUGCUAGUGCCAGUAGAGGAAGCAAGGCCAUCAACGCUGGUGGGGGAGCUGUGACAAUGUUGACUGCUGAUGGAAUGACCCGGGGCCCCUGUGUUAUCUUUCCGACACUACAGCGGGCAGGCGCGGCGAAGAUCUGGCUUGACUCAGAGCAAGGCCAGAACACAAUGAAAAAGGCAUUCAACUCAACGACGCGUUUUGGUCGCCUGCAGUCGAUGACCACUGCUAUCGCGGGCACCAACCUCUACAUCCGCUUCAAAACCAGUACGGGCGAUGCGAUGGGCAUGAACAUGAUUUCCAAAGGCGUGGAGCGCGCGCUGGAUGUUAUGAUGACCGCCGGAUUCGAGGACAUGAAUAUCAUAUCGCUAAGCGCCAAUUACUGCGCCGACAAGAAGCCAGCGGCCAUUAACUGGAUUGAAGGACGAGGGAAGAGCGUUGUGGCCGAAGCUAUCAUCCCGGGUGAUGUUGUUAAGAGUGUACUAAAGACCGAUGUCGACACCAUGGUCGAGCUCAAUGUCGCCAAAAACAUGAUCGGGUCGGCCAUGGCAGGAUCGGUGGGGGGGUUUAACGCACAUGCCGCCAACAUGGUGGCGGCCAUCUUUAUUGCGACAGGGCAGGAUCCAGCGCAGGUGGUGGAAAGUGCCAACUGCAUCACUAUCAUGAAAAAUGUCCACGGAUCUCUCCAGAUAUCCGUAUCCAUGCCCUCCAUUGAAGUCGGCACGCUGGGAGGCGGCACCAUUCUCGAGCCUCAAGGGGCCAUGUUGAACGCGCUUGGGGUUCGGGGACCGCACCCCACAGACCCGGGUGCCAAUGCCCGCCAGCUCGCUCGCAUUGUCGCAGCGGCCACUCUGGCGGGAGAGCUGUCGCUCUGCGGCGCGUUGGCUGCUGGUCAUCUUGUCCGGGCCCACAUGCAGCACAACCGUUCCACUCCAGGGACUGCAAAAUGAUGUCUGAACUCUGUACAUAGACCGAAUCAGCAAAUGUCACAGGGCAAUAAAGAAACUAGUGGAUGAAUACUAGAAGAGAAAGAGACACGCCUCUGUGGUGGCGGUUAGUAUUCGCUUAUAGGGCCGGUUGAUAUGCCGCCGCUUCUCCGCACUUUUUGCUAAGUCAAGGUUCUUCUUCAAUCAAUCCCUUGAUUGAGACUGGAGCCCGAUGAUCAGACGACCUAG